GCAUCAAUAGUUAAUUUUUCCUCGAUUAAACCGCAUUAAAAGGGCUGCAAGUGCUCUUCGGGACGCCAAAUCGACGCGAAGCGCUGCAAAAAAGGUCGCAGACGACACAAAAGUGCGGCAAAAGUUGAAAUUCGCGUAAAAUUCGGGGAAAAUCGCAUACGGAAAACACACAAAAAAUGUCUCAAAGCUCAAAUUUGACUGGGCGUGGUGGUGAAGCAAACACAAAUGAGUCGAAUAACUCGCAAACGAUAAAUAUUCUGAUAUCCACGACGACGGGAACGCAAUUCGACAUCAGUUGCGAGAGUCUCAACACCAUCGAGCACCUCAAAAAGGUCAUUUCGAAGAAGCUAAAAGUGAACAAAGACAAGAUUUCGCUGCUGUUCAAAGAAAGAGAACUGCAAGAUGGCACCUUGAAGGAUAAUGGCAUCGUUGAAGGGUCAAAAGUUGUGCUUACGCCGAACGUUGAGACGGGAUUACUCACGCAACGUGCCGAAAAUACGGUAAUGCAAGCCCUGGAAUCGCUAAAUGACUCGCAAGUGAACGACUUUCUCAGCGGGAAGUCUCCGCUGAAUUUGAGCGUGCGUUUGGGCGAUCACAUGAUGCUCAUACAACUGCAGCUAAGUACAAUCAAUCCGAGUACCGUGCAAAAUAUCGCGACGAAUGCCACACAAACGUCGCAAAUUUCGUCACAACAACAAGUUAAGCAAUCAACGUCGACAUCGACUUCGUCACAAAAUGUCGCAAUGCCAAGCACCUCGAAACACGUUUCGACACGACACACGAGAAUGCCGUCGACAAAGAACUUGAUCGACUUGGAAAGCAAUCAGCGCGUCGUUUUUGACGCAUCGCAGCAGCAAAAAUUCGAACUUUUUCACAGUACUUCGUCUGCAGCGGCAACAAAUUCGACAAAAACGACGCGAUCGCCUACCGACAACUUUGAGCAUAAUGAUCUCAACUCGUAUCUGAUCAAAGAUGUCGAUAAUUUGGAGAGCAUCGUUAAGAGUUUGUCGAAUUUCAUCGACGAGGACGAAGAUUCGAAGCAAGCUCGCUUGUCGGAUCCCAUUUUGGAACAAAGUCCCAUCAAGUCGUUGAGUAAUUUGGUCUCGAAUUCCAUCACGGAGCCAAAAUCCAACACAAAAUCAGCUCAAAAGCAAAAAUCUUCAUUACCACAGACGCCAAGUACGUCAUCAGCGGCAGCUUCAACAAGCAGCAACCCACCAAACAAUCAUUGCGCCGAACAAAUCGACCCGAAUUUGUUCCAUUCGAUUACUUCCUGUUUGUGCAAACGACUCGAUAGCAAUAACAGUGGAUGUGUUCGUACUUCCCCGCCUGAUUUCAAUCCGUGUUUCAGUCACAGCAUGUCGCGAUCGUCGUCUUCGAAGCCCUCACGAUAUGCCGAACAGCAUCCGGACCCGAAAAAACAAUUUUUGCACAAAACGUCGCAUAAUGCGAUUCUAAAGUCCAAAUCGCGUCAUGGCAGCUUCAAAAAAUAUCACAGUACGAAUACAAUUUUACCCUUUGUUGAUGCCGCAUCGACUAGUUCCUCGUCACGAAUGCCCCCGAUACCGCCGACGGAGCCUCCUGCGAGUGCCGAUGAGACUUUAGAGCCCAUUGCGGGUACCAUUGACAAUCCAGCGUUGGCGGAGGCAUCGCGAAAUUUGACACAAACGCUCCGGAAGUUGUCGAAAAAGGUGUUUCCGCGUGGCGAUGGGUCGCGUCGCAUUACUUCCGGUGCCGUAAUUGAAAGUAUGAAGCAUCACGGGAAGGGGAUUUAUUCGGGAACGUUUUCGGGGACACUUAAUCCGGCGCUUCAGGACAAACAUGGAAGACCAAAGCGCGAUAUUUCGACGAUAAUUCACAUUUUGAACGAUUUGUUGAGUGCGGCGCCGCAAUGUACGCGUUCCGGAGCGAAAAUUUACUUUGAGCCGACGACAAGUGUGUCGGCGCUUGGAUCACAAUCAGCACCUGCGUCGCCUGUUACGAAGUCAAGUUCACCGCAGCGCCGUGCAUCGAUCCAAUCUGUCGACGCAUGCAACCGAUGUCCAUCCGCUUCCUCUUCCAGCAAAAUGAUGCGCUUCAACGAAGACUAUUCGGGUACCAUAAAAUCCUCGACACAUCAUCGGAGACGUGCAUCAUCCUCCUCAACGUCAUCUUCAACGUGUCACAAUCACAAUCACUUGCCAACGGGACACGUUCCAUUGCAUCAUCCCGCAUGCACGCAUCCCGCAGCAAACAAAGUACCUAGCUCGUUAGAAAUAGAAAAUAGUAAAACCAAGUACAAAUUGGAUCAGUUGCGACAAGUGAUGCAGGAGAAAAAGGCGCGUCGCGAAGCGCGAAAACUCAAAAAUCUACCGUACCACAUGAAUCGGAGUGCUGUCGGUGUGUCGCAGGCAUCACUUUCGCCAACGACAACAACAACAAUUACCGCACUCGCGUCUCCCAGUACAACGCAGCCGCCCGCAUCCAGUCCGAAUGCGAAUGUCGAGUCAAUUAUCGAGGAAGUUGACACGGUUGCGUGAAAAACUUCUCGUCCUAUUAACGUUACGACUCUCACGAGAGACUAAUUUACGCAAAUUUUCACAAUUUUUUUUAACUACUUUAUUAUUGAUGAUGAUUCGUCGAGCGAUUUUCCUCAAUUCGCGGAGGAAACUUGACUCGUUUAAUCCUGGUUUAUUUUUAGAUAUCGUGAAUUUUUUAAAAAUAAGGGCCCGGGAGUCCGUAUUAAGACACACUUAGGUUUAGAGACAAAGGAUGAUAAAAAAAUUUGGGGAGGAAUUAAUUAAUUAGUUUUCUUUUGUAGUGAAUAUUAUGAAUUUUUUAUUUGUUAUUUGUUAGAAAUAAUGAUAAACUAAUGAUUUAGAUUAAUUUGCUCACUUUUGCCUUAUGAAUAUAUUAAAUAUAUGUUACUUUUAUGUUCUCCUUA